AUGGCGCCGAGGACGCGCAGCGGACAGCGGUCCGCGGCGCACCAUGUCUUCUUCCACGACAUCAACCUCAUGCAGAGGAUCGUGCAGCACCUGAUCAAGUCUUCCAAGCCGCAGGGGCAGAGCAAGCUUGGACCCCGGCAGGAAGUGCAGCGAUACGGAACGCGGAACCGAUUCCUGGCAGGCGCCCUGGAGGAGACAUUCGAGUACACUGCCAGUCUGACGCAGUUUGCGUUGUGCUCCAAGCGCUGCCUGGUCACGGUGCUCGUCUCCUGCACCGCCGAGGCGCCCUUCCUGCUCGGAGGGCCCAUUCUCAGGGCCGCCUGGACAAUACCCCUCCCCUCGCCACACAAGUUGGUGAUUCCGGCGUGCCCGGGGCUCAUCCUGGAGCUCCAGAACGACGGCACUGCGUGGCCGGACGACCUGGACGACCCCGUUGACGAGAACGAGUGGGCGGAGGACUUCCGGAAGCGCAACUGGCAUCUUGUGGAGUCGACGGCGUGCGCCAACAAGUGGCUGCUGCAGCUCGUGUCCGGCGUGCGCGUCAUCGCGCCGGUGAUCGGAGAGCCCGCGAAGCUCCGCCGCGACGCGCUGUCGUGCGUGGCCGCGCCGCUCGCCCGCCUCGCCCUCCAGGGCCUGGACGCGACGCGCGUGCUGCACGUCGCGCUGGUGGUCGGGCGCGAGGAGCAGUACCGUCCGCUGAUGCACGACGGCCUGUACGACAGCGAGAUCGACGACAGCGACGUCGAGGACAUGUUCGAUUGGCACGGCAUCAUGGAUUUGGACGACAUCUUCGACACUGAGUCUGACAGCGAGUCAGGGAGCGACUCCGGCGGCGAGGGCGCGGAGAUCGUCGAGGUCGGCGAGGCGACGGGGUCCGGGAGCGCGAGCGGAAGCGGGAGCGGGAGCGAGGGCAUUGUUGACGUUGAGACUGCGCCGCUGUUCUUCCUGGACACCGACGACGAGAACGGGUCGGACUACCAGGCGGGGAGCGGGGCGGGCGAGGGCUCCGGGGGGUCCGGGAGCGGGGAUUCGGGGAGCGAGGGCGGGUCCGGAGACGGCAACUGGUUGAACAUCGAGGUUAUCAUGGACGGCGGUUCCGAGGGGGGGAGUGGCGGGGGGAGUGACGGAGGUGGGUCGGACGACGACGGGAACGCGAGCGGCUCGGACGGGGAGUCGUCGGACAGCGACGGCGCGGUCGCGUUCCAGGAGGACGAGGCUACACGGACCGAGGCGGGGCAGCUGGCGGUGCGGAUGCGGGAGGCGCUGGCGGCGUUCGAGAACUGCCAGUCGCUGGUGCUGCGGCUGAACGACUUCGAGGUGCGCUUUCCGGCGCGCGCGGUGCUGGACGCGGCGGCGAGCAGCAUGCACCGCCUGCAGAGCCUGUACCUGCGCUACUUCGAGUACACCGACACGUUCCACCCGGGCGUCGACGAGAGCGUGCGCGACGCCCCCGCGCCGUCCGAGACGCUGGCCCGCCUCGCGCAGCUCACGUCGCUGCGGUACCUCGGCGUGGACAUGGAGUGGGCGUCCGACGACGAACAGGCGCCCGACAAGCGCUGCCUCUCGCACCUCUCGGGCCUCCAGCACCUGCGUUUCCUGUCGUUCGAGGUCCCGGAGAUGUACGAGGUCGAGGCGGAGUGGCCGGACGUCGUCCAGGACAUUCGCGCGCUGCCCCCCGUGGCGGAGCUGCGUCUGGCGGGGAUCCUUCACAGCAAACCGCUGCAGCUGCGCGCGCCCGAGAGCGGCUCGGGGGCGCCGGAGCUGCGCUCGCUCGUGCUCUCGAACACCGACUUCGUGCUGCAGCCGGGCGUCUUUGACAAUGCCGCGAAGCUUGCGCCGACCCUCAAGUCGCUGGAACUGUGCGCGUUUAGCGAGGCGGCGUUGUCGAAGAGCAUGGCGCUGACGGGACUGACGCGGCUCGUGCUGCACGGGCUCGUCGUGGAGGACGAGGAGCCCGAGGAGGAGGCUGCGAACGCGCCGGAGGUGUUUUCGUCGCUGGAGCGCGUGUCGGACAUGCGGGACCUGGCGACGCUCGAGGUGUUCGCCGAGAUGGGGACGCUCAGCCGGAAGGCGCUCCCGGCGAUCGGGCACCUCCCGCGCCUGACGGAGCUGGAGCUGCACGUGGAAAUGCUGUACUGGCCGCACCUCGAGAACCUGACUCAACUCCAGUGCCUGACGCGGGUGUCCGUGGCCCAGGCGUGCACCCCGGGCACCGGCCUACCGAACGAAGAGAGGGCGUCGUGGGCGUGGUUCGCGAGCCUCCCGCGCCUCAAGGAGCUCUCGGUCAUGCCCAGCAUCGAGACGAUGCUCCACGACACGUUCCCGUCCAUGCGGCGCGCCCGCGCCCUGCGGCACCUGUCGCUGACCAUGGUGACGAAGCCGAUGAUCCACGUCAUCGCGGGCAUGACCAAGCUCGUGAGCCUCGGCGGCAUCUACCACCACAUGGACUCAGACCAGCACGAGGGGUUCCCGCUGCACCUGGACUACUCGGAAGGGGAGGUCACGGAGGCCGACGUGGAGCUGCUGAAGAGGGUGCUGGCGCCGUGGAACUACAACCGGCUCAAGAUGAUGGUCAACCCGCCGAGCGAGAGCGAGAGCGAGAGCGAGAGCGAGACGUCGAGCAGCAGCGGGCAGUGGGUGAUGGGCCCGGAGGACGGCCAGGCGGACUGA